GCAGUGCAGCGGUUACACCAAAAUGCCUGUGAUGAACAGCAGGAGCGCCCGAAUUUAGCUGUGACCAAAGUUUCGUGCAUCUUGUACUACAACACUAGUCUGAUUUUAAUGUAGACGUAAUCAAUCAUAUACACCAUUUAGUUGUGAUUACGUUGUAAAUAUUGAUCAGACAAGUUUAAUUAAUUUCUAGACAUGGAUACACACAUUUGUAAGAAUGGGCUGUCAGAGCUUGCGAGUUAGCUAAAUCAGUUAGCAAGCAACCGUUCUCUACGGUUAGCUGCAGCAGGAGGAGCACAAACUGCAAAUGCAUUGGAGUUGCUGUGUUGUUUAUCUACGCGAGACCGAGGUUUGAAGGCCUAGCACCUAGUGUUCAUUUGAAAUAACAUUAAAAGCCAGGUGGGGACCCAGUCGCAAACAACAAGCAGAGAUGUCAGAAAGCGCGGGGCUGCAGUUUGUCAGCCCGUAUGCCUUUGAAGCCAUGCAGAAGGUGGACGUUGUACGGCUGGCUGCCUUGAGUGACCCAGAGCUCAGGCUGCUGCUGCCAUGCUUGGUUCGGAUGGCUCUGUGUGCCCCAGCAGACCAGAGUCAGGCCUGGGCCCAGGAUAAAAAGCUUAUCCUGCGUUUACUCUCUGGAGUGGAAGCUGUCAACUCCAUUGUGGCCCUUUUGUCUGUGGAUUUUCAUGCUCUGGAGCAGGAUGCCAGGAAGGAGCAGCAACUCAGGCACAAGGCUGGUGGUGCGAAUGGAGAGAGCAUCCUGGUGUCUCAACUGCAGCAUGGCCUCACCUUGGAGUUUGAGCACAGUGACCCCCUCAGGAGACUCAGGCUGGCUCUUAGUGAACUGUUGGCCAUCAUGAACAAGGUGGCUGAUUCCAAUGGGGAGUGGUUCCUGAAGUCCUCUGAGCUCUUUGAGAGCCCUGUUUACCUGGAGGAAGUUGCAGAUGUCCUCUGUAUACUACAAGCAGAGUUGCCCUCUCUGCUUCCCAUCAUUGAUGUGGCUGAGGCUUUGCUGCAUGUGAGGAAUGGUGACUGGUUCCUCUGCCUGCUGGUUGCCAAUGUCCCUGAUAGCUUCAAUGAAGUGUGCAGGGGCCUGAUAAAGAACGGGGAGCGUCAGGAUGAGGAGAGCAUGGGAGGUAGACGCCGGACAGAGGCCCUGCGACAGCUUUGUCAGAUGAACCCCUCUCAGGCCCUCAACAUCAGAGCCAUGGUGGUGGAGGAGUGUCAUCUCCCCGGUCUGGGUGUGGCCCUGACCCUGGACUACAAGCCUGACACGGCGGACGACGCGGUCAGCCCCCUCGUGUCUUACGUCAGUGGUCUUCUGCUGGGCACCAACGGGAAGGUCCGCACCUGGUUCAGCAUGUUCAUACGCAACGGACAACAGAGGAAGCGUGAGAGCAGCUCAGUGCUGUGGCAGAUGCGCAGGCAGCUACUGCUGGAGCUGGUGGCCAUCUUGCCGCGGUCCCGCAGCACGCACGAGCCCAACGACAGCGUGCAGGAUGCAGAGAGCAGCUCCGGGUACUCCGGUCUGAGGGAGGAGCACGUGGUGAAGGCCUCCGCCCUGCUCCGCCUCUACUGUGCCCUGAUGGGUAUCGCUGGACUCAGGCCCACUGAUGAAGAGGCGGAGCAGCUCCUUCAGCUGAUGACCAGCCGGCCUCCAGCCACCCCAGCCGGGGUUCGCUUUGUCUCUCUGUCCUUCUGUAAACUACUGGCGUUCCCCACACUAGUCAGCACCCCGGAGCAGGAGCAGCUGAUGGUGAUGUGGCUCAGCUGGAUGAUCAAAGAGGAGGAGUACUUUGAGAGUGCUGCAGGUGUCGCCGCUUCUUUCGGAGAGAUGUUGCUACUGGUUGCCAUGUAUUUCCAUAGCAACCAGCUCAGCGCUAUCAUCGAGCUGGUCUGCUCUACUUUGGGCAUGAAGAUUGCCAUAAAGCCCAGCUCUCUGAGCAAAAUGAAGACUAUCUUUACCCAGGAGAUUUUCACUGAGCAGGUGGUCACUGCCCAUGCUGUGCGGGUGGCAGUCACCAACAACCUGAGUGCCAACAUCACUGGUUUCCUGCCCAUCCACUGUAUCUACCAGCUGCUCCGCAGCAGGGCCUUUACCAAGCACAAGGUUUCCAUCAAGGACUGGAUCUACAGGCAGUUGUGUGAAACAUCCACCCCGCUCCACACCCAGCUGCUGCCCCUCAUCGACGUCUACAUCAACUCCAUCCUCACCCCGGCCUCCAAGGCCAACCCAGAGGCCACAAACCAACCAAUCACCGAGCAGGAGAUCCUCAACAUCUACCAGGGCUCUGCUGGGGGAGGUGGUAAUGGAGGGGUGCGCUCAAGGUACAGCAUCACCACACAGCUCCUCAUCCUCUACUACAUUCUGUCCUACGAGGAGGCGCUCCUGGCCAACACUAAACAACUGGCUCUAAUGCAGAGGAAGCCUAAGUCGUACUCCGCUGCGCUGAUGGACCAAAUCCCCAUCAAAUACCUCAUCACCCAAGCCCAGGGUCUGCAGCAGGAGCUGGGGGGCCUCCACUCAGCCCUGCUGCGUCUCCUGGCCACUAACUACCCGCACCUGUGUAUGGUGGAGGACUGGUUAUGUGAGGAGGAGGUGACGGGGACACUGCCCCUGCUCCGGAGGAUGCUGCUCACAUCAAACACCUGGAGAUACUCCCAGAUGCAACUCCACCAUGCCUUCCAGAAGGUGCCGUCCAGCUGUCCCAGGCUGAUUAGGAUACUGGACCACUUAACUCUGCUGUCAGCAGGAGACUUGAUCCCCUAUGCAGAGGCUCUGACUGGUAGCAUGGGGCUCUUACUGGGCCCUGGGGUCCCCCGUCGCAUCCCCCAGACCGUCAACAAGCUCUGGAUGGUCCUGAACACCGUCAUGCCCCGCAGGCUGUGGGUGAUGACUGUGAAUGCUCUGCAGCCCUCCGUGAAGAUUCUGAGGCAGCAGAUGUACACUCAGAAUGACCUGAUGGUGGACCCCCUCAUCGUGCUGCGCUGUGACCACAGAGUCUACAGGUGCCCCCCACUGAUGGACGUAGUCCUCCACAUGCUCAGCGGCUACCUUCUGGCCUCCAAGGCCUACCUCAACUCCCACCUGAAGGAGACGGCAGACUUUGACCGGCAGAGCCAGACCAUCUCUAACCUCGGUUUGGGACAAGCUGGACAGCCAGACACACCAGAGGUCACCAGAGAAGAGCUAAAGAACGCACUGCUGGCCGCACAGGACAGUGCUGCAGUCCAGAUCCUCCUGGAGGUGUGUCUUCCCACCUCAGAGGAGCAGGGCCUUGUGGAGGCUGGGGGCAGUGCUGAGAGUCUGCUGAGGAACAUGAGGGGCCCCCUACCGUCCAUCAAACAGGAGGAUGGAGCUAGGAGGGCAGAGGUGGAAGGUCAGCCGGAGGGGGGGCUCCUGAGUGACCUCCGAGAGGUACAGUGUCUCAUCUGCUGCCUGCUGCACCAGAUGUUCAUCGCCGACCCCAACAUCGCCAAACUGGUGCACUUCCAGGGUUACCCCCGAGCUCUUCUCCCGCUGACCGUGGCGGGCAUCCCCUCCAUCCAUAUCUGCCUGGACUUCAUCCCAGAGCUGCUGGCCCAGCCCCAGCUGGAGAAACAGAUCUUUGCCAUCCAGUUGCUGUCCCAUCUGUGUACUCAGUACGCCCUGCCCAAGUCUCUGGGCGUGGCCCGCCUGGCGGUCAGUGUCAUGGCCACCUUGCUUACAGUGCUGACCCGUACCAAGCGUUUUGCCUUCUUCAUGCCCACCCUGCCAUGCCUGGUGGCAUUCUGCCAGGCCUUCCCUCCCCUCUACGAUGACGUGGCGGCCUUGCUCGUGCAGGUUGGACAGGUCUGUGCCUCUGACGUGGUCACCAAGACCAGGGAUAUCGACCCGCUCAUUGCCAGGUUGCAGCAUCUCAAGCAAAAGCCCAAGGAGGUGUUGGUAUCAGGAGGGGGCCAGUCAAAGCUGAGCCUUGCCCAGAGGGCAGCAGAAGAACUGGGUGGUGCUGACCCAGAUGUCCAGCUGUGCUACCAGAUAGAAGCCACCUUCAUGGACAUCAUUGGCACCAGCCUCUAUGGACUAUAGACCCCGAAAGAUGUACGGAAGAGGGAGCUCUGGGCUUUUCAGUCUGACUGUUAACCAUGUCUUUUCCAGUGUUGUAUGCUGUGUCAGUGUUUUGUAAGUAAUGAAAGAUACAAUAUGCUACUGGUCUGUUUUCUUGACCUCUGUAAGCAUUUUUCAAAGCGAAAUGUCUCACCUUUCCCUAUACAAAAAGGUAUUUCCAACUGAUCGGGUGACCUUAAUAACAUGUUAAUUUUGUAUUGCAUUGUAUACUUUGUUUUAUUAAAAAAAUGAACUCUCA